AUGACUUUUGAGUCGACUCAAAAGUCACUCCACCCCGUUCCUUCCUCUUGCCCCACCCUCCUCUUCUGCAGCCGUGCAACCCAGCAGUGGGGGGAGGGGUCCCUCCAAGUCACAGCCAGCGUGGUUGCUUCCCUCGUCCCCUCCCCCCCCACCAUCCCCUUCUCCCCUACCCCUCGCGCCUUCCCUCCCCUUCUGAAGCCGUGCAACCCGGCAGUGGGGGGACCAGCCAAGUCACAGCUGGUGCAUGAGACACCGUGCAACCCGGCAGUGGGGGGACCAGCCAAGUCACAGCUAGUGCAUGAAACAGACGCUCUGGGGGGGGAGAUUGGCAGGAUGACGGACAGGUGCUACGUGCAGAAGCGCGUGCUCAACCGGUCGAGGGGGCCAGCAGUGUGGGCUUUAAGGGCGCAGACAGACAAGCGGGAGUACAGCGAGGAGAUGCGCAAGGUGGUGGAGAACACGCCCAACCUGUUCAUCCGAGAGGCAAUGGCAACGGAGCUCAUAGUGGGCCCCAACGACAACGUGCAGGGCGUGCGGACGUUCUUUGGGGUGGACUUUCUGGCUAAGGCUGUCGUGCUCACCACAGGUACCUUUAUGAACGGCCGAAUUUGGGUGGGCAGGCAGUCCCUACCAGCAGGCCGAGCAGGGGAAGGCGCCUCCCACGGCCUAACAGAGUACCUCCUCUCCCUCGGCUUCGAAUCCGACCGUCUAAAAACCGGCACGCCGCCGCGGAUCGACAUCCGGACCGUCGAUUUCUCCCGGUUGGAGGAGCAACCAGGCGACGAUCCUGAGGGGGGGGGCGGCGUGGGGGAGCGGUGGUUCAGCUUUGAUGAGAGCGUGUGGAGGAGGAGGGAGCAGAUGAGCUGCUGGUUGACCAGAACUACCAGUGAGACCCAUCGGCUGGUGGAGGCAAGCCUGCAUGAGACGCCCACUUAUGGCGGCUGGGUGGACGGGCGUGGACCCCGCUACUGCCCGAGUAUUGAGGAUAAGAUAGUACGAUUCAAGGACAAGGAGUCACAUCAGAUCUUCCUUGAGCCCGAGGGCCGAACCGUGCCAGAGCUCUACGUGCAGGGAUUCUCCACAGGCCUACCAGAACGCCUGCAGCUGGCCCUUCUCCGCUCUCUCCCCGGCUUGGAGCGCUGUGCCAUGCUGAGACCCGCUUAUGCAGUGGAGUAUGACUACCUGCCCGCCUACCAGUGCCAGCGCACACUCAUGACAAAGAAAAUUGAAGGGCUGUUCUUCAGCGGGCAGAUCAACGGCACCACGGGCUAUGAGGAGGCUGCUGCUCAGGGGCUGAUUGCGGGGAUCAACGCGGCCAGGCUGGCGGACGGAAAGCCGCUGAUUGCGCUUGAGAGGGAGAGCAGCUACAUCGGCACGCUGAUCGAUGAUUUGGUGACCAAGGACCUGAGGGAGCCGUACCGCAUGCUGACCAGUCGUUCAGAGUUCCGGCUGUUACUGCGAUCGGACAAUGCAGACGUGCGGCUGACACCCAUGGGGCGCGAGAUCGGGCUAAUUGACGACCGCCGGUGGAGCAUGUAUCUGGCGAGGCAGGCACGGAUGGACGCUGAGAAGGAGAGGCUCAAGCGGUACAAGCUGGCAGCCUCGCACCUGGCCAUCCCAGCAAUAGAGGAACUGUCAGGCUCAAGGCAGAAGCAGCAGCUGGAGCAGGUGGUAGCCAAGGAGCACCGCCGCAUUCCCGAGGACAUUGACUACGACUCGAUUGCCACCGUCUCCAAGGAGGCCCGUGAGAAGCUCACCAAGGAAGAGGACGCACAGAUGGGGCUCGGACAACGCGCACACGUGCGGGAAUUUGUGUGCACAUGA